AUGCAUCAGUGGAGGUUGUUCCCCCUUUCUUUUUUUAAAGUUCAUGAAUGUAUCAUCCUACCAUCACCUCCAGUGCUGGGCUGCAGCUCCACGAACUGUAUCGCGACGCUGACGGACGCCCAGGGGGAGUUCACAUCGCCCUGCUACCCCGAGAAAUACCCCAAUUUGCUGACGUGUAAGUGGACGCUGCAGGCCCCCGCCGGCUUCAUCAUCCAGCUCUCCUUCCUUGACUUUGACCUGGAGGAGGCGCGGGGCUGCAUCUACGACUGGGUGGUGGUGAACACAGGAACCGCGGAUGUUAAGUUCUGCGGCCUGACAGCCAACGGGCUGACGCUGAACUCGACGGGAAACGUGAUGGAGCUGUCCCUUACCUCCGACUUCAGCGUGCAGAAGAGGGGGUUCAGUGUUAGCUUCAGACACGUUGCCGUGGCGCUGAGGAACCAGAAGGUCGCCAUAUCCGGAAACGGCCAGGUCACCGAGGUCGCCAACUCCGUUACCAUACCAACGCUCAAUCAGCUCACCAUCUGCUUCGAGUUGGAGCGCAGCACUACCCAGAAAACGAAAGAGUGGAUCUUCAGCUACCACGACAGCAGCAACAACGUGGCGCUGAGUCUGGGGGCCGACCAGUCCGGCAUGAACAUGAUUGUUAACUCGGUGGUGUGCCCGAUCGACUCUAUCAUCUCCUCCGCUGACUUCACCACCACCAUGAAGCCUUUCUGCGUGCUCUGGACAUCAUCCAACGGCCGUGUGGCGGUCUACUUCAACAGGAACUACAGGGCCAAAACCUGCUCUUCUUCUACUGGACACUCUGUACCAGCCGGGGGACAGUUCCGGUUAGGAGGGCAGCAAAGCUUCGAUGGGAACAUCUAUAACCUCCGGCUGUGGAACUACGCCAUGACGGUGCAGGAGCUCAACGCGUUGAGCUGCGACGUGGUGGGGAACGUCAUUGACUGGGACAACAGCCAGUGGACCAUCCCGUCCACCGUGGCCCAGACCGACACCACGCUCAGCUGCAGUGUCACCCCGCCCAACAACACACCACUCACUACCAGCUGUGACUCUCCAAGACUGGGCUGCCCAGUUCUUCCUUCCAUCUCUACAUCUGCAUCCACCAUCCCCACCACUAGCAUGCCUCUAACCCCCACCAUCCGUACAACCAGCACCACCACCAGCACCAGCAUAACCAGCUCCUCUUCUGGUAAGGCUUCAUCUGCUUUGCUGCGCUCCCAACAGGCUACCAGCAACACAUCAACUGCCUUAUCCGCUACAACUAACCAACCAGCUACUAACCCCACAACGCCUGGUAAGAGCAAAAAUACUGGAGUGAAACUACACCACAAGACUGACUUCUGUAAAAGCUUUAUAUACAGAAUGCUUAAUGCUGCUUUGAGUGCAUGCAGUUUUAUGUUGGGUGGAAAAAAAUGCCGGCAACAGGUACCAGUUAAUCAGCCUGAACCCCUGUCCUACCAGUCCAAGACUCUGGCUGCUGGUCCUAAUGCUCGCAACAGAAGACGGGAGGAAGAGGCCGACUGGAGGAAGGCGUUCAGCUUCCACAAGUGCACCGCCCAGCCUACAUCACAACCAAACCUGGCAGACAAGGAGACCCGUCCAACCACCCAAGAGUCAGAGCUCCUUCCUGAAUCAGGGGUUUUAGUCUUGUCCCAGGAGUCAUCUCCAUGGCAACGUAGGGAUGAAGCGUUGGAUACAAAGGAAUCUGCCUCAGCAGCGGGGGCGGCACCCCUGGCAUCAUCAUCUUCAUCAUUGUUGUCGUCAAUAUCGGUGCUAAGCAACAGAAAGAACAAACCUGUGGCGCCGCAGUGGUCGUUGCUGAGCAUGAGCGGAGGGGAAAACCAAACAGUUGCCAAAGGUAACUGGACAGAUCUACUGGAGCCACAGGGCGAUGAAUAUUCUUCAGGAUCUGAACCGUUUGUGUAUGAUUUGACUGAGCUCUCGGCGGAGAGUGGUUCUUUCAGCUUGUUUGAGUUUGAUGCUGCCUAUGCCUUGGAUCAACCCGCCACCAUCUUGCCAGCUUUCGACAACCCUGACGGCCCAAAUGACCAAUCAGUCAACAGAUCAGACCGUCAUGAGGCGUUGUUCUACCGUGUUUCCUUCGUGGUGGAUGGCGGCGGCUCGGCGCUGCCCCAGGCGGAUGUGGAGCGAGCUGUUGCCCUCUGGCUAAAUCAGACGUUUCAGAACUGGACCCACGCAGUCUCCGUAGACUCCCUCAGUGUGCAGCCUGGUGUACAGAGCGGAGGAUACCCCACCAGUUACACGUGCCGGGCGCUGCUGGUUUACGACUACAUCGCCAACCAGAGUCUGGGGGCAGCGGCCGUGUCGGCGCAGCUGUCCAGCAGGAAGGGGCUGAUGGGGGCCGGCCUGCAGCUCCGCCCCGCCUCCACCUCCGUCACAUUGAUCGAAAAUUGUCAGGAGGAGAACCUGCUCCACUACCGCUGGCCGGCGAGCCGACCGACGGUCACUCAGCUGCUGCCCUGCUUCCCCAACAAGGAGCAGAGCACCUCCAGGACCUGUUUGAUCAGUCUGCAGAACUUCUCCUCCUACUGGUCGGCUGCAGACAUCAGUAACUGCACGGACAUCGACACCAUCCAGGUCUCGGCAGAAAAUGCGGCCGAGGUGGCGGUGCAGCUUGCCGUCAUCACCAACAACGAGUUGUCCAACGAAGAGGUGUCGAAGGUGGUGUCGAAGGUGAAGCAGCUGGUGAACGUGGCGAGGAUCAACGGCACGUUGGCGUCCACCGUGGUCACCAUCAUCUCCAACAUCAUGGCCAGCUCUGAGACGGCGCUAGCCAACAGCUCCGAGGGACCUUCCUCCCCAUCCCUGCAGGGGAAGGUUGACUUUGAGUCGGAGAGGAUGAGUCCUCUGGGUCAGGUGACCCUCCCUGCCUCCCUGCUGUCCGGCGUCUCUCUGAGUGAAUCAGAGCGAUCGUCUCUGUCUCGGAUCAACUUCCUGUUCUUCAGCAGCACAACCCUGUUCCAGAAAGAGCAGGACGGCCGCUCGCUGAACAGCUUUGUGGUGGCAAGCAGCGUCGGGAACUUCUCCAUCAGAAACCUGAAGGAGCCGGUGGAGAUCCAUAUCGCUCACCUCUCGGAACAGCCCAACCUGACGCCAGUCUGCAUGUUCUGGGACUUCAGCAUGAACUAUGGAGCCGGAGGCUGGAACGAAGACGGCUGCCUAGUGUCCAAAGACUCCAGCGUCAACACGACCGUGUGUCUGUGUGACCACCUCACACACUUUGGCAUCCUCAUGGACAUUUCUGGAACCGCGCCCCACAUCGACCACCAGAACAACAAGAUCCUGACCUUCAUCACCUACGUCGGCUGCGGCCUCUCGGCCAUCUUCUCCGCCGCCACGCUGCUCACCUACCUCGCCUUCGAGAAGCUGCGGCGGGACUACCCCUCGAAGAUCCUGAUGAACCUCAGCACGGCGCUGCUGUUCCUGAACAUGGUCUUCCUAUUAGAUGGCUGGCUGGCCAAUCAGCAGAGGGACUGGCUAUGUGUGUCUGUGGCCGUCGUGCUGCACUACUUCCUGCUGGCGUCCUUCACCUGGAUGGGCCUGGAGUCGGUCCACAUGUACAUCGCUCUGGUCAAAGUCUUCAACACCUACAUCCGCCGAUACAUCCUCAAGUUCUGCAUCCUGGGAUGGGGUCUCCCGGCAGUGUUGGUUGGGCUAGUCGUCACCGUGAAUAAAAACUCGUACGGCCUGCAGGAGUACGGCAAAGGAGAGUCGGGGGAAGGAUCCUCAAAGUUCUGCUGGAUCCAGAACUCGGCUGUCUUCUACUCCACCGUGGUGAGCUACUUCUGUCUGGUGUUCUUGCUCAACGUGGCCAUGUUCAUCGUGGUGAUGAUGCAGAUCUGCGGACGCAACGGCAAACGGAGCAACCGCACGCUGCGGGAGGAGGUGCUGAGGAACCUGCGCAGCGUCAUCAGCCUGACCUUCCUGCUGGGGAUGACGUGGGGCUUCGCUCUGUUCGCCUGGGGGCCCGUCAACCUGGCCUUCAUGUACCUGUUCUCCAUCUUCAACUCCCUGCAGGGUCUGUUCAUCUUUAUCUUCCACUGUGCGAUGAAAGAAAACGUCCAGAAGCAGUGGAGGAGAUACCUCUGCUGCGGCCGAUUCAGACUGUCUGACAACUCAGACUGGAGUAAGACGGCCACUAACAACACAAAGAAGGUGAGCUCAGACAACCUGGGGAAGUCUCUGUCCUCCAGCUCGUUCGGCUCCAGCUCGGCUAACUGGACGUCCAAAGCUAAAGCUACGCUCAACCCGUUCACCAAGCGCCAUAGCAACACAGAUAAAUGUUACUCCAACCAGACCGGCCCCAAGUGCGUCUCCUCAUGCUCCACCUCCUCAGAGGUGGAACCCAACUCCUCCUCCUCUUCCUCCUCCUCCAUCCUCCCCGUCAGCCAGAUGAUCGACAAGGUGAAAGGAUACUGCUCCACGCGCUCUGACAACUUCUACAAGAACAUCAUCAUGUCGGACAGCUUUGCCAACAGCACCAGGUUCUAGAGAUUUCUGGAGCCUCCUUUGUGAUGUGGAACUGCCCUGAAUAGUUCAAGAAAAUGUUGGGACAUCUGGCUUUUAAUUGGCAGACCAAUUACAAAGGAGACUUCUGUUUAAGGUUCCAAUGUGAAGCGUAACACUGGAGCCUGCCUCGCUGUUCAGGAACUCACCACAAUGUUAUUUAAGG